AAGUCUCUUCAGUAACUGACAACUGCACUAAACUGAUAACGAGCAAACAUACGGCUAAAGUAGGGAAGUAGAAGCAUUUUAAGCUAAACAUUUGUGACCUGACUAAGUAAUGAGGGAGACAAUUAAAUAGUUUGUUAACCCUUGUUCAUAUGGAACGUACAGAAGUUGCCUCGGUGAAAAUGGACAAGGAGUUCGACGACAUAGACUCAGAGGGCCGGUGGCGAAAACUGUACUCCGACAUCAGGAAUCAGUCCCACGAGUGCUCGUACAAAGUAGCUAAAUAUCCAGAGAAUCGCAACAGGAACAGAUACCGAGACGUCAGUCCAUUCGAUCACAGCAGAGUCAAGCUGGAGAACACAGAAAAUGACUACAUCAAUGCAAGUCUAGUGGUGAUGGAGGAAGCUCAGAGGAGUUACAUUCUAACUCAGGGUCCCCUUAGGAACACCUGUGGCCACUUUUGGCUCAUGAUCUGGGAACAGAAGACCAAAGCAGUCAUCAUGCUCAACAGGGUGAUAGAGAAAGGAUCGGAGAAAUGUGCACCGUACUGGCCCACAGCUGAGGAGAAAGAGAUGGCUUUCAAAGACACUCGUUUCUUGGUAACGCUGAUGUCCGAGGACAUCAAGUCUUACUACACCACCAGAUUACUGGAGCUGCAGAAUCUUAAUACUGGGGAGAAGAGGAAAAUUUUCCAUUUUCAUUACACCACAUGGCCUGAUUUUGGAGUUCCAGAGUCUCCGGCGUCCUUUCUUAAUUUCCUCUUUAAAGUGCGGGAGUCGGGAGCGCUGGAGCUGGACCAUGGACCAGCCGUGGUGCACUGCAGCGCCGGGAUCGGACGCUCUGGGACAUUUUCAUUAGUUGAUACAUGUCUGGUCCUUAUGGAAAAGAGGAAAGAACCGUCAUCCGUGGAUAUUAAAAGCAUUCUCUUGAAUAUGAGGGAGUACCGCAUGGGUCUGAUCCAGACGCCAGAUCAACUGCGUUUCUCCUACAUGGCUGUCCUUGAGGGAGCGAAGCUCAUCAAGGGGGACUCGACGAUUCAGAACCGAUGGCGGGAAUUAUCCAGGGAAGAUCAGGAACCAGCUUUGGAGCCUCCAGCUUUAACUCCAACCCAAGCCAGGUCUCCCACAGAGCAAUACAACGGAAACCAACGAGGAGGUCAACCAGAGACGGGAGGAGAAUACAGACUGGACUGCAAAGAGCCGCCACAGUCUCCCUUCAAAGAGCAGGAGCUGGACGGCAACACGACACAUAAACGACGCAGAGAAGACAGUAUUUCCAAAUCCGGAGCCACCAAGACUCCCCAAAGCAAGUCCAGGACAAAUGACUCGGAGAGGAAGAGGAAAAGGGUGAAAACCAGCGACUGCUAACCUCCACCACCUGCAGCCACACUGCUCCAGCUCCGGCAACAAAGCCAACACCGGCAGGGAACUUCAACCCUCUCCUCACCUCUGCAUUCUUCGUCCUCAGCUCCAAACUGCUCUUCCUCCCGACUUCAUUUUUUUUUUAGCCUUCACGUAGCAUUUUUCCAGCAAUGCACAACUCCAAUUUUCCUUUUCAGCAGCAGCAGCAGCAGCCCUCUGAACCUCAAGAUUUUUUGGGAUAUUUGUCACCUAUCCUCACUGGACUGUUUACAGUGGACACUUUGACAUUCUUGAAGACAAACACCAGCGCUUUACCUCCAGAUAACACCCUUAGUACUACUUCCCAAUCGAAACAAAACUGUUUUUUUUCUUCUAGCAGAUUUUCAGGCUUUUUUUUUUUUUUUUUUUUUUUUUCUUUUAUGAGACUGAAAAUACAGGCCAUGCAUUGCCAAUUUAUAAUGCUGUUCAUAUGUGUAUUUUUGGGGGAAAGAAUCUAUUUCAAACACAUAAAUGAUAAAAGAAAAAAAAAGAAGUUAUAUAUUUUUUUAAAAAAUUACUUGAAAGUUUUUCAGGUGAUGUGGAGUUGGUCUGAUGACAAGAACCGCUUCCUUCCACGAAUAACACAGUGGCAUGACACGUUUCCAUGAUGUACAUAGUACUCUUUUUAAGAUGUGUAAAGACGUAUUUUUUUGCUUGUAAAGAAAAAAAAUGAUGAGUUAAUGUUGAAGAAAUGACUGCAGCAAAAAAGCUGUGAGCUGCUCUCUUUUGGAAGUUUUUUUUCUUAGUGUAAUCUCCAAAUAAAACUUGUAUUUGCUUAAUUUACA